CAAGAGCUUUGCUCCCAGUGGCUCUGGAGAAGCAACUCAAACAAGGCACAAUCAGAGCUUCUCGAUGGCAAGCUCAAAUCUGGCGUUCGGAGCGUUGGUAGCCCUGGUUCUGCUGUUUUGGGCUGGCGCAGGACAUUGUCAGGUUGGCUACGUGCGGCACUUGUCGGAGCUGCGGAUUAAGGAGCUUAAGGACCUGGCGGUUCGAGUGCAAAACUCAGUUAACGCCGACAAGUAUGCCUGCGAAAGUUAUUUUGAUUACGUCUGUAGUCGAAAUCGUCCGCUCUUCUCGAUCAUGGGCCACUUGCCGCAGGUAAGCGACCUCAUGCUGCUGCUGACUGAGCUCCAAAACGACCCAGAACAGUUUGAGGCAAAGCAGAAGAUGAUGGACUUCUUCAUCUCCUGCAACUCCCAGCACGCUUUGGACGACUGCUAUCGCGAAACGUUCCAGUACUUUAAGCCAUUAUUCGGGUACAUUGUCACAAAAAACCUCCUCAAUGGAGGUUCUCAUGAGCUGGACGACUUCCUGGGCAUUUUAGACCGCUUCGUUACCAGAAUGCAAAAAGAAGCGGACUCAAAUCCCGUGCUCGGUAAGCUGGCAACGUACAAGCAGAAGUUCAAGACGCCGCGCGUCUACUUCCACGCCAGAGACCUGAGCCGGGAGUACAGGGACCUGCGCAUCUAUCGGGAGAGCUACGAGCAUAACGUUCGCAACCUAGAGCUGCACCGAAAACAGAAUUCCACCUACGAGCUGGGGGUCCAGCGAACAAUGCUGGACUGGAGCAUGUACCUCUUUCAGAGCCGGAACAAGCCCAUGUCUUACUACUACUCCACCUUCACCGUGCACUUGUACAUGAUGCUCUUCAACAGCCGGGAGCGGCAGCGCGACUUUACGCGAUUUCGCGAGGAAGUAGAGUGCCUGAGGCUGCCGCACUUCGUCAACGUGCUGGACGAAGCCAGAAUGCUGGCCGUGAUCUACUUGAAGAGCUUCCGGGCCGCCUGGAUAGACUACAGCGCCUGGACCAACACACCGCCGCAAAACAAAGGAACUUACGAUCAGGAAAACGGUAUCCUUCAGAAAUACCACCUUGACAACAAGCGAAUUUUCUUUACACUCUAUGCCCAGAACUUUUGUGAGUUUGGAAAGGAUAUGGCCGAGCACGUCUUCUUUCUGGGCCUCAAGCAGAAUAAAGACUUUUUCGACACAUACUCAUGUGGUUUCCAAACGGAAAACUCUAUGACAUGUGUUUAAUUGCUCAAUCUUUGUAUUCCAUUAAUAUCGUAUUUAAUUAAAAAGAAAUAACAUAAGCAGUAAUUCAUAAAAACUGCAACCAUUAUAUCACUGUGGAUACUGUUGGUACGCGUAGUGACAAAGCGCACAAGGAGAGUGUGCGAAGCCGACCACUUUACAUACACGAAGUGAAUGCAUAACGAGUGAUUGCAAAAACCAAAAGGAUUGUAUGCCACAAGUGCAAAAAUUUCAAUUGGUUUUGAAAAAAUUUGCAGAUUUUGAGAGCGCUGUGGAUUAAACCCCCAAGUUAUUAGACUGUUUUAUAAUCUUACAGGGAGAACGCCAAUAAAAACUAGAUUUAAAAUGGGUAAUUUUUCUACACUACUAAUGCUAAAAAGACAAUACAAUUUUGUAAUACAAAUACCUUUGCUUAAAUUGUCUAAAGCUUAAAUCAUUCUAAUUUUAAAUCUAUAUAGUCCCUGAGAUUCCGAAAUACAGCAACCCGUUUCCGCUCAGUAUAAAAGCGUAUUCAAACUUGCCGAAGUUAAUAUCCUUUCUUGUUAAUAGUAAACUGUCAACUUCAAAAAGCUAAUAAGCUAAACAUUUGUACAAAAUGUUCCAUGGUGUUCUUGUUGAUAAAGCCCACUCCAAAGAGAUAUAAACAAUUACAACUUGAUUGGCAGUAUCCUAUCAAAGGCUCGUAGAUUAAUCUCAAUGGAUAUAAGAUUUAAAAUUUAAAAAGAUGCCGUUCGAUUAAAUUUUAAUGAAAUAGUCAAAAAGUGUUUUAAAAAAAACUGUUCGUCAUAACUUUAAAUCUUUUAUAUUUUUUUUCAAUUUUAUUAUGAGAAGAGUAUUUAGCAAGAGAAAUUAUCUUUUCAGAGACAUAUAGCUCGUUUGUGUGGCAUUAGUUUAGACGGGUAUUAACAUUAAUUCUACCACUUUUUUAAAAACUAACUAGUUUGGAGAGAAAACAGCUAUAAAAAGCUAAAUUUUGUAUAUCCAUAAGUUGUGAAGUACUGAAGCUACGUGCUUGUGCUACAAGUCGGUAGAAAGGUAUAUCGAAAUACUAUGUACGCAUUUCAAACACGAUUUGUCUAAAUGCACGUUGUCCUUGUCCCUUUUUCUCAUUAGACCUUAUGGGGCUUGUAUUUCUGAGUUACUAAACAGUCUGUUUACAAGUAAAACGAGAAAAGAAGUUAGCUUAGGCAAGCCGAAGUUUGUAUUCCCUUGCAGUUAUAAGAUAUAAUCAACGAUAAAAUUGUUAAGCAAUAUUGCACUUUUGUACUAUCAGAUUAGCGAUAUUAAAAAAAAAAUAUAUUUAAUUUACUAUUAUUAUGCGUAAAAAAAGUUUCAGGCAAAUCAAAAAUGUGAAAAAUGUGAAAUGAAUAUCCCAACAAAAGUAAAAUGUGUAGGAUGUACAAAUACAAAGUGGAUAGAAAUGUGAAAA